AUGGCGGCGACUGUUUUGGUUGUGGUGUUACUUGUAGCCCACCACUUUCCGAUAGCUGGUGGAUCGUCACACUGGGUUGUCACCGAAGAAGGCUUAGUUCGGGCUCAGGCUGACACUGUCUUCAACCUACGACGACCUUACGACCUCGUGGCUUUCAUGAAGCAGGAUGAGCGGACAGAGAUGCUGGAAGGCCUUAAGGCAGAAUUACUGACGAGAAAAGAUGAAAUUGAUAGAAAUGAAGACAGAGACACAGGCUUAGAACAAAGGUUUUACAAAACAGAUCCAGACUGUUUAAAAGCAGGCAAACCACUGCCUGAAUUUGACCUGUAUAUAAGCACUGUACUACCACUUGAAAACAAAGGUAUCAGACCUGAGGAGCACAUAGAUGUGAACCAACCCCUCCAUAGUAUACAUUCCCCACCUGAUUGUACUCUCUUCUCAGAACUUGACUACAGCAUUCAUGCCUUUGAGCAUUUAGAGGGUAUGAAGGUACGUGACCUGUUGUCAGGGACACCAGAGCUGGGUCUGAAGAAUGCCAUAAUCUACCAAGAUGAUGUAGACCAGUAUGGUAGUAGAGUGUACCAUGCCUUACUCAAGAAUGACACUUCGUGGGUGUUGUAUAACAUGGCUGCAUUUUAUUGGAGGAUUAAAGGUGAUCCGUACCAGGUGAUAGAGUGUGUGAGACGGGCCCUACAUUACUCUCCCAGACACCAGAAGGAUGUCGCCUUAAUCAGUCUAGCCAAUGUCCUACAUCGAGCACGCUAUUCCAAUGAGGCAGCCAUUGUUGUUCAUGCAGCCCUAGACAUCUCUAAAGAACGAAAUGUCAACCACUUCACUCUUGGAAAUAUCUAUGCAGUACUGGCAGAAUACAAUAAAUCUGUGAUCUGCUUUGAAAAUACUCUGAAGAUCCAACCUGACUUUGAGGCGGCAGCAAAACGCAAACAUGCUGUUCACUGCCAUUCUAAACUUGAAAAUGCUUUGGAAGCUCAGCACAGGUCACUUCAAAGAACACUGAAUGAUCUAAAGGACUACCAGAAAAAACAUGAUUUUUGGCAGAACCAGAAUGAGAAACUUUUAUCAGAACAGGUGUCAAAUGAAGUCAAACUACUGCAGCGUAAAGCAUUUGAAUCCUUCAAGAUACGGGACUCCACUAUAGAUAUAGGUGAAUACUGUCGCAUGGUGGACCGUGAGGGGAAACAGGUGCUCAUGUGCACAUGGGGAAAGAAGGCCUCCAUUGUCGAAUACUAUGAGAUACAGGAAGAAAUUGUGGAUGCUACAUCUCUAAAAGAGGGCAAACAGCUCACUAAUACAAGGGAUGAGAGACUCUCCACCACUGACUACUCUAAACCUGUGCGUGAUCCUCUCUUCACUAAGGAUGGACGUGACAAAGAGGCCACUGUUAAAAUGCCCCUGCUGGAUGAUGAUUGGCCCAGUAAAGAAGAGUGUGACACCCACGUUCAGAAAGUCCCUGAUCCACGCAACCUUUCCAUGAUAUAUCUCUCCCCAGAAAAUAAAGGUUUUGAGGUAAAGGCCCUACUGACAGAGGCUCAAAACCUGACCCCUGGGGACGAGCACCCACUACCCUGGUACCCUCCAGUGUGUGUUCCUCUGGAGGAGAUUCCCGAGGGAAGUGCGAAGAGUUACGACCAUAUCAAAUCUGUAAGCAGGGAGGAACGCACAAGGAUGCCACUCAAAAUGUCUGACAAGUCAAUCCGUCAGACAUUGCUGAACCAUGUGAAUGGUGGAGUGGUAACAGAGGAGGAAGUCGGACAGAGGAUACUGACAGCUCUCAAAAAGAAUGUUGGCCCUAAAUGGAUGCUGUACAAUUUGGCAGGAAUGUACUGGCGUAUCAUUGGCAAUAAUUACCAUGGUAUUGAGUGUAUACGACGUUCUCUGGUUUAUGUCCCGGACAAGUACAAGGAUGUACCCCUCGUUAACCUCGCUAAUAUCCUUUACCGCUGGGGUCGCUAUGAUGAUGCUGUCAAGGUCAUGAGGGAUGCUCUCAAUAUCAGCGAUAUUGAACCUUCAUCUCAUUUCUUCUUCGGCAAUGUGUUAUGGGCAUCCAAGAAUUAUACUGGAGCAGUGAAACACUACCAGAUCUCACUGGAGAUUCAGCCAGAUAAUCCAGAAGUGGUCAGUACCUUACGUGCCAUAAAAUGUUUCCAGCGGUACCACCAGGCAACACAGUCAGCAGCUCCACAGGAAACAGCACCUCCUGUACCCACUGCCAACUGUCAACCACGACCCUCUGCCAUGGGAAAAGGAAAAGAGACAGAAAGUAGAGUCAUUUGUAAACGGGAGAAUGGUGAAGAGAAGUGUGUGAUUGAGACUCGGAGUCGCAGCAAGUCUGGGGAAUGUAAUGGUCACUGUACCCAAACCUGUACGGUAACUCCCAUCAAACUAGAUAGCUGUGCAGGGGACAUCCAUCCUUCAGGGGAACUCCAAGUCUUGAAUGGAGAUGGGGGACAAUGUCCGUCAGCUAAGACUCAGGUGUCUAACGGAGGACCAGAGGAACCUACAUUUGGUAGUGACUUCAGCACCAAGUUAGAUGAGAUUAGUGAGUACUAUCUCACCAAGGGGGUUUGUCAUGGUGAGGAGUGCAGUCAACUACGUGUCCAGUGUAUGUUACCCACGAAGACUCAGUCCGGUUCGAACGCUCACGUCUCGCCUCCAAAACUUUUCAUUCGCCCAGUAUCACUGCAUACAACACAGUGCAUGGAAGGUGGACAGAAACCGCACAUAAAGUUGGAUUUUGUAAAUGGAGUGUUACACCAAAAACUGAUUUUUGUAUCGUCCCCAAAUGAACUACACGUAGAGGCUGAUGAGUGUGUGAUAUUUAAUGAUGGUUCCAAAUCAAGUGGAUGUAACCAGCCCGAGUAUCGGGCCUAUCUUGAGGAAUUUGACUAUAGUAAGGAAAAUUUUGACGAGAUACAAAUGGUGUUUAUUGAACAACUUUCUGGGGCUAACUCACCCUGUGAUACAGAAGAGAAACCUGCCCCACCCUAUCAGGGCAUGCAAUUCUCUGAGGAUCAGUCUGAACCCUCGCUGGAGAAGCCCUCUCCACCUUUGGAGCCUGAGGGACCUCCAGCACAGGAGUUCGUUGGUAGAGACUCUAGGCAAGGAAGUCCCAGAAUCCCUCAAAUGCAUGAUGGAAAAGCCAGUAUUGAAGAGGAUUGGUUCCCUGACAGCGAACUACCAGACACCAGCGUACACGUGUCCUUGAGGUAUACGCUCCGACCUCCAACCCUGAAUGAUUGUAAAGACGUUAAGGAUCUCAACUUUAAGAAGUUUACAAGUACCUGGUUGUCUGUCUCAGCAAAGGGCAUUGACCUAAGGAAACACAUAGACUUUGAGACAGUAAUCAAACGAGAUUUUGAGGAGCCAUAUUGUAUCACGGACGUAAACAGCCAAUUAGACCUAGAUAGUUUGCCAGGUAUCACACACAGUGAGACUCUCAACUACUUUGCUGAAACUGGACUUAAGGAGGUCCUCCAGAAGCUGGGAGGGGAGUCUCAGCCAGUUGGAGUCAUAGGCACCAGGGUUGCUCAUGCAUUGAAGAAGAACUCGACAUCAUGGGUCCUGACUAACGUGGCUGCACUAUACUGGAGAGUGGAAGGGGACGCUAAGAGGGCCAUUCAGUGCCUCCGCCUCUCUCUCACCACAGCUCCAACUGAGGUCAAGGACACGUCCCUAGUGAGUAUCGCAAAUGUCCUUCACAGAGCUGGCUACAUUAACGACGCCAUUGUUGCCACAGAUCUAGCUCUGCAUAUUUCCAAGCAACUGGUUGUUAGCCAUUUUACAAUGGCCAAUCUGUAUGCUGCAAAGGAACAAUGGGAGCAAGCAAAAAUGUUUUACGAGUCAACCCUCGGUCUUCAAACUUCCUUUGAACCUGCUAAACAGCGUCUGAAGUCAAUAAUGUGUAAAAUACUCAAGUCAUAACCACCUAUAUAUUGUGUAUAUUUAUUAUCUUGUCAUUUUUUGUUAUCCACCAGUUUAUACUGUCCCACAAGGAACCAUUUAGAUAUUCAGUCUUUUAUAUAUAUGUUGAAAAGUUGGUUUUCCAAUUUUUUGUACUUUUGAUUUACGUACAGGAGUAUAGCAAAUUUUGACAGCUCCUCCACUGAUGUAUGUUUAUAUGAACACAUCUAAUUUAUCUGACUAUCUUACAUACUGCAAAAUGGCUUUCAAAGAAAUAUUUCUUAUCCUUAGCUAUCAUAAAAUGUUAUGAAUAUAUUUUGCAAUGGGCAUUUUUAUUUAGGUGAACAAUCUGGUUUAUUUAUCAAGUAUUAAAGCAGGCUUUCAGCGUCUUUGUACAGACACCAAAGAAACUAAAUAUUUCAUCAGUGAUUAUUUCUUCUGCAACCAUUGAAAUUGUUUUCACAGAUUUAAAAAAAUAAUGUGUCUCCAUUUUCUACACAGAAACCAUGACUUAUUGUUAUAGGGAAAUCAACACCUGAAAUUGUUGAAUGACACGAGAUAUAAAAUGUUAAUUGAAACAUUUCACAUCAUUUUCCAUCCAUCACCAUGUCCAGUAUUAAUGGUCAUGACACCUACAUGGCAUUAUUUUUCACAAACUUUCCCAGUAUUUUAUAUUAUGACACCAUACUAACUUGUAGCUGUUCUAUGCAGAUGGCCUCGUUAAGACUAAGUCGAUCACCCUUGUUGAUCAGAGGGGGGAAACUUUCCUAGAAAAAGGCAACAAGUUAGUGGUCAUGCUUGGUCUAAAGUUAUCUUUUAAAAUGUAUUAAAUGUUAUUAACAGGGUACCUCAUGUUAUGAGGAUAGUUUACUUCAGGUCAGUACUGACUAAAACUGGUCAGGUCCACUGACCAACGGUCAAGGAGUUUGUCUUGAUUGGACCAUAGCUGAUGAAUAGUAAUGUUUAUUUAUCACAUGGCCUUGUGUGUAUGUUUUUUGUUUGUUAUAAAUUAUUUCUGUUUUUUUAUUUGAAUGUGUAAAAUUUGUCAUUUUCUCCUGAUUAAUUUAUUAAGUUUUUCAUGAUGAUAAUCAGUUCAGUUAAAAAUGGACUUUGAAACUAAUUUGUAAAUUAAAGUUCAAAUUUCUUCAAAUUAAACGUGGUUUAAAUUGAAUUCACUGAUGGAGAGUGUUCCUGAUCACAAUGAGCUAUUGAAUAUCCUUUGUAGUUGAUGCAAAUAACAAGCAUGUGAAGGAUGGUAAUAGUAAAUCUGCAAAAUUCUUAUAUGUCGUAUUCAUGAUAUGUAUAUUUAACAGUUGAAAAUUUUUAAAAAGACAAUGAAGUGCUCGUUAUUUUUAUGUCUUCAUCCAUACAACGAAUCAUUGUCCACUUACCUCUGUGAUAACCAAUAACUCUCGCACUUUUGCAAUAUUUAUGUCAACAUGCUUCAAUUUCAAUAACUAUGUGAUGUAAUUCUUUGUAAAUGACACAUCAUUAUCGGUUAAUCAUCUCAUGCUUACUCCCAGAUAUUUUGUCAUUCUGCCUAAGCUUACAGCUGUUAUCUCAUUUCUUGUGAAAAUUGCAAAACCAGACCUGUAUAUUAUGAUAUAAAUGAAAGUCUUACAAAUGAGACUGGCAGCAGGUCUGAAGAUUUGUCCUACAGAAAAUUAAUGAGGUUGGUUCUAUAGUAAAUGUACCGAAGGCAUGUUGAUUGUUUAUCACAGAAAUGUACAGACACAUGUAUGCAGGUAACUUUAUAAUUUUAUCUUUUUUUAAAAAAAUUAUUUUAAGCUAUUGAAAGUCCUAAAAGUUUUGUAUUUUCUACAAAUCCUAAAUUGUCCCUUCUACAAAUCCUAAUUAUUUUAUGUAUCCAGUCACUCCAGAAUCAGUGAUAUGUGCCAAAAUUUAUUUCCAAUGAUUAAAUCAAUCAAAUAUG